AUGUCCCUGGAUAAGGAUGUGAUGAAGACGUUCAUGUCCAGUGAGUUUGCAAAGUUGAUGGAUGAUGUACAAAAGAUUGCAGUGGCAAAGGACACAAAAGAAUUACUUGACUUUUUAAAGGUUCCUCAUGGCAUAAAAGAAUGGCUUGAUGCUUCGAUAGACCCAGCUGAUCUGGUUGAAACGACGAAAUUUCCAAGAGUAGAAACAAAUAGCGAAUUAUUGCACAACCCGCGCAAAGCGGCAAAGAAUCUGGAAAUUUCUGGAGUAAGCCAUGCUACCUCUCUGCAGAAUCCUAUUCUCGAUGCUGAAACGACUACGGUCAAGAUUACAUCAAUCGACAUCGGAUGCAUAUCCGGAUAA